AUGGUUAUCCCUUCUGUCCUCAUCAUUGGAGCCGGCAACUUUGGUGCUGCGACUGCGCUCUCACUCCGUAGAAAGGGCAAGGUUCAAGUUACCAUUGUCGACACGGCCUAUUUCCCCAAUCCUAGGGCCGCUUCUCACGACAUAAACAAAAUCGUCCGCGAUGACUAUCCGGACAGACUCUACAUGCGCCUGCUGAAGAAGGCUAUGCCCCUGUGGAGGCAUGAUGAGUUAUACAAGACCUGGUAUCACGAAGUCGGCAUGCUUCGUGCUGACUCUACCUCGUUUGGCGAAGAGAGUAUCAACUCUUACCGCGACAUGGGUAUCCCCAACAGGUCAGAGCUUCUACCUGUCGAUGAAGUACGCCGUCGUUGGAACGGUGCCUUUGAGACGGCUGAUUUCAAGGGCGUUGACAGGGUGCUCUGGAACCCUGACGUAGGGUUCGCGGAGGCGGACAAGGCUCUCGGCGCGGUGGUCCAGGCUGCGGUCGACCUCGGAGCCGAGUAUGUCGUUGGAGAAGUGACGAAACUCGACUUUGGGUCCGAGGGCCAAUGUAUUGGUGUUACACUCAAGGACGGCACGACGCUGCGAGCUGACAAGGUUCUUCUUGCUGCUGGAGCUCGAACGGCGUCUCUACUCGCGCAGAGCGCGCCUGAAAAGCCACUACUCCAUGCUGGUGAGAGACUGUUGGCUACGGGAGCUGUGAGUUUCUAUGCGAAGCUGCAUGGCGCGCAAAAAGACAAGUUCUCAGCAAUUCCUGUGCUCAAGAACUGCUUACCUCAGGUCAAGGGUGAAGGCAUGUCAAUCCUCAGCGACGGAACUAUCAAGUUCAACUGCGACCUAUGCUUUACCAACUACCAAGUGUUCCCUCCAACCGGUGAGGCCAUGUCAGUUGCGCCUGGCCAGUCCAUGUAUAACACGUGGACGGGACCUCGAUUUCUCAAGUUCUUUGAGGACCGGGCGCGAAAGACGUUCAAUGGCCUAUAUGGCAAGGAAGUCGAAAACAUCAAGAUUGAGGCCUACCGAAUGUGUUGGGACGCAUCAACACCGACACAUGACUUCCUUAUAUCACCGCACCCGCAGAGCGACAGACUCUACAUCGCAACAGGAGGUUCCUUCCACGGAUGGAAGUUUCUACCUGUCAUUGGCGACUACGUCGUCGACAUGAUGCAGGGAACCCUUGAUAGCGACUUGGCCGAUCGAUGGGCCUGGGAUAAGAAGGGCGGCAAUGGCCAUUCGGCAAACCCAACAUACCAAAUCGUCGGUGACUUGCAAGACUGGACCCGUGGCUGGGCAAACUAAG